UGUUCCUUCGCUUCCCAGUGCUUCCCCGCUCCCUGCUUGCUGCCCGGGUUCUAGGGUUUCCCUCAUCUCCAAUGUCGGCGCCGGCUCCAGCGAUGGCGACCCUCGUCUCCAAUCUCACCGUCGCGGAGGACACGGCGGCGGCGCCCUCGCCUACCGCCCCCACGACGGCGGCGCCGGCCGCGGCGACCGCCCUCCCCUCCUCCUCCGCCCCCACGACGGCGGCGCCGCCGCUGCAGCUCUUCAACUCGAAGACGAAGAAGAAGGAGCUCUUCGUGCCGCGCGUAGAGGGCAAGGUCGGCAUGUACGUCUGCGGCGUCACGCCCUACGACUUCAGCCACGUCGGCCACGCCCGCGCCUACGUCGCCUUCGACGUGCUCUACCGGUAUCUCAAGUUCUUGGGGUAUGAGGUCAAUUAUGUGCGGAACUUCACCGACAUCGAUGAUAAGAUUAUCAAACGGGCGAAUCAGAAUGGUGAAACCGUAACCAGCUUGAGCAGUCGGUUUAUUAAUGAGUUUCUUGCUGAUGUGGCUGAGCUGCAGUGCCUGCCUCCUAAUGAAGAGCCUCGUGUAACGGAUCACAUUGAACAUAUUAUAGAGUUAAUCACCGAGAUAAUCAAGAAUGGCCAUGGCUAUGUUGUAGAUGGCGAUGUUUACUUUUCAGUCGCUAGUUUUCCUGAAUAUCUCAGUUUAUCCGGUAGGAAGCUGGAUCAAAAUCGUGCUGGUUCGCGCGUUGCUGUUGAUCCAAGAAAGCGGGAUGAUCCAGACUUUGCACUAUGGAAGGCUGCUAAGGAGGGUGAGCCUUCCUGGGAGAGCCCUUGGGGCCAUGGAAGACCAGGAUGGCACAUUGAAUGCAGCGCAAUGAGUGCUCACUAUUUAGGACAUGUAUUUGAUAUCCAUGGUGGAGGGCAAGAUCUGAUAUUCCCUCAUCAUGAGAAUGAGCUUGCACAAAGCCGAGCAGCUUAUCCAGAAAGUGAGGUCAAAUGCUGGAUGCAUAAUGGCUUUAUUAACAUCGAUGAUCAGAAAAUGUCGAAAUCAAUUAAUAACUUCUUCACGAUCAGAGACGUUAUUACUCUGUACCAUCCUUUGGCUUUGAGAUUUUUCCUCAUGCGCACACAUUAUAAAUCUGAUGUGAAUCAUUCCGAUAAAGCACUUGAGAUUGCAUCUAAUCGUGUAUACUACAUCUAUCAGACCUUAUAUGACUGCGAUGAAACUGUGUCUCUGUAUCGUGAAGAGAAUACAUCAGUCCCGGUCCCAGCUGAGGAGCAAAAACUGGUCGACAACCACCAUAAAGCCUUUUUGGAAUGCAUGUCAGAUGAUCUUCGAACCACAGAUGUUCUAGAUGGCUUCAUGGAGCUGCUGAAGGCAAUAAACAGCAAUUUGAAUGAUCUGAAGAAGUUGCAGCAAAAACUGGAACAGCAAAAGAAGAAGCAACAACAGCAGAAGAAGCAGCAGCAGAAGCAACAGAAACCACAGAAACAGCCAGAAGACCACAUUCAAGCUCUGGCUGCACUGAGUGCUGAGAUUAAAAACAAACUGUCCAUCCUAGGUCUGAUGCCACAAUCGUCACCUUUGGCAGAGGUACUGGAGCAACUGAAGGUGAAAGCGCUGAAGCGGGCAGGGCUGACCGAGGAAUGGCUGCGCGAGCAGAUUGAGCUGAGACUCGCCGCAAGGAACAACAAGCUGUUCGCUGUGUCGGACCAGAUCAGGAAGGACCUUGCCAGCAAAGGCAUCGCCCUGAUGGAUGAGCCUAGUGGCACAGUGUGGAGGCCAUGCGAACGAGAGUAGCCGUGGCUAUUGCGUGCCCGGUUUAACAAAUGACUGUACAAUGAACUAUAUGCCUGGCUAUUGCGUCCGGUGCAGAUUUACUUGGAUCGCCGUUUUUGGAAGUGGUAAGGUAAUUCUGUAGGUGUUUCCAAUUUCAGUGAACAUGAUGAGAGCUGGGUUGGUGGUUGGCUAAGGCUGAAGGUACCCAUAUAUAUUGGUAUAAUUAAGUACUCGGUGCUGAAUCUCUGUUCUGGAUUUGACCUUAAAGUUUGUAGUUGCAUUUGAAUGAACGAAAUGAUGAGUCGCUGUUAUACAUAA